AAAACAGGUUCACAGAGUAACCUCGGUGAUCUGUGUACAGGUUAUGUGUGCUUGAAACAUCAACAUCAACAAAGUACUUGCAAGAAUCCUGUUGAUUAUUCCAUGGAGCUGAACGCAAACCGAUCAUUCUGCCGACUAUGUUUAUCUACGUCCGCCAUCUACUACUCGCUGCUGAAAGACGAUGGCAAAGAGAUGCUCUUGGCUCUGACAGGAAUCACUGUGAAUGAGGAGGAGUGUCCGACAGACUCAUGUGUGAAGUGCUGGUUGAACUUGAAGUCUGCCUACAGCAUUCAGCAGCGCUUUAUCGAAGCUGACAGACGAUUUAGGACGACGGGGCUUCACAGUAGCCUGGACCUAGAGGAGGACACGAUGAAUGACUCGCAUCUGAAUUUCAUUAAAGUCGAGACAGAGUCCACUGAAGCAGGCAGUCCACUAAAUGCCAGCAAGAUGCUUGAAGAGGAGGACACGAAUUUCAGCGAGCUAAUUUAUAUUAGAACAGAAGGCGAAGUGAUUGAGACGGAGUCCAACUGCUACAUUUGCAAUGUAAAGUGUGAAGACGACGCCGCUUUGCAGAAGCACACGAACAGUCAUUUCAAUGAUGAGCAACCCUGUGACUCCUGCAGGUUAUCGCUGCCCAAUAUCGAGGCGUAUCGGGACCACAUUCAGGUCAAACACCCGGACCUGGUCAACCGGGUGCACAAUUGUGGGAUUUGUGGGCAUUCCUUUAGAUACUUAACUUUAUAUGAAACGCAUCUGGCGGCAGUGCAUCCCACCACAGCACGUACGCGGCACAACAGGCGGGAUGUGUCCCGAUUUCUGAAGAGCGAUUCCCUAAACUGCGAUCAUUGUAACAAGACUUUUGGGACGAGACGCUCACUAAAUACGCAUCUUAAAGGUCACAUAAAAAAGCCGUGCCCGAUCUGUAACACUUUGAUCACAGUGUACAAUCUGAGCAAGCACGUCAAUAACCACGCAGCACAUCCGGCUGUUUGCCACCUGUGUGGCAUCACGGCGAAAAAUCCGGAGAGUCUGAGGGGCCACAUGUACUACACCCAUUCGCAAAAGCGGCUAAAGUGUGACUACUGCGGCAGAAUCUUCAAAAAACUAUACGCUUACAAGAUGCACAUUAAAAAAGAGCAUACUGGAGAGCGUAGCUUUACUUGCGACUCAUGCGGCAAGCGGUUCUUCACCAACUACGAGCUGAACAACCACAUCCGGAGCAGACACUUAAAAGAGCGAAACCACAUCUGCCAGUACUGCAAAAAGGGCUUCUCUAGCCGGUUCUCAAUGCGCACCCAUGAAAGACAACACACGAAUGAAACACCAUACGUAUGCGAAGUAUGUGGCCAAGGAUUUCGGCAGAACGUAUCCUUGCGGGCGCACAGACGCUCGAAGCACAAUAUCGAAGAAGACAAAGUCGCCGAAUGUCCGGUGUGCAAGAAAAUGUUCCGGGACGAUUGGGCUCUAAAGAGUCACACGCGCUCAGUGCACGACUAGCGCAAUUAUAUAUUAUUGUUGAGUUUUAAAUGUUGUUAAUUGAUCGGUCCUUAUCAGAGUUUUGCAAUAUAUUGUGAUCUCUUUUAUAGGUUCUAUUUGCGGAUCCUAUAUGUACAUGGUAAUGAUAACCAAAUAAAAGUAUCGACUUUCUAUCAA